AGGUCCUUGGGCCACGCGCGACCGCCUGCCCCCCGCAUCCCUCAGGGCCGUCUCCCCCUGCUCUGCCCCGACCCGGCCCAGCAGCCUCCUGGGAAGGCAGAGCCUGGCACUGCUUGCCACUUGCUACAGGACCAUUUUUUCAGGCUAUUUCGGGUUCUGCAGAGCCUUGAGGUGAAAGGAUUGGCUGGAAGAGAAAGGGGAAAAAAAACCCAACCACAACCAGUUGCUUGGAAGCUCUGAAGGGCCCAUGGGGCAAAUCCACCUGGGGAUUGGGGGAAAAGCUUGAGGUGUAAAAAUAAAUCUGUGCCUGAGUGUGUAUCUGGGAUGUUUUCUCAGCCUCUUGUGGGCUAACAUCAAAUGUGGCACUGCACUGGUCUGGUACCAGCACCUGCCGAGGUGCAGCAGCUUUAACCCCAGCUUAUGGAAAUGGAAGACUUCUCCCUUGCUUGCUCACAGGGCCUUAUGGCUAAAGGCAAGUAAAACUCGGGGGCAUCUGAACCCCAAGCUUCUGGGUUUGGGUUUGCCAGUAGGAUGCCUGCCAAAGGUUUUGGAGACAUCUGAAGCCCCAGGUGCGGGUGGAGGAUGUUUGCAGGUAGCAGGGCCACAUAUGGUUCUGGACUCUUGGAUUUGGAAUUAGUUUUGGUUAAUUUGGCCUCAGAUACAAAUUAUAUUAAAACAAAAUCCAAGUCAAGAUGGAUUUAAAUGGCAGUGUGUAGUGGAGGGUGCAAAGGCUCUGCAGACCCAUGUCUUGUAAUUAGCUUCCCAUUGGCCAGCUUCCAGUGGGAGGAUCUCGGCUACACACCUGCUUAAUGGAAAUGGGGGACUCUUCUGUAGCUUGCUCCUGUGACCUUUGGCCGAGGGCAAGCAAGACUCGGGGGCAUCUGAACCCCAAGUCUCUGGGGUUGGGAUGCUUGUCGAUGGAUUUGGAAGUAUCUGAAGCCCCAGGCUGAAAAGUCUGGGGUGGAUACUUGCCAUUUGGAACUGAUCUGGCUAAUUUGACCUGACAUGACAAAUUUUCAUAUAUAUAUAUAUAUAUAUAUGUAUAUGUAUCCAUGACAUUUUCUAAAAGUGGGAUGUUGCCUGCCCCCAUUCUCCUGCUUCCCUUGUGGCAGGCUGGGUUGUUAGGUCUAUGUUGUGUCCUGUUGAGAGUAGGCUGAUGUAGAGUUUAGAUUAUGGUUGUAUGGGAUGGUUUGGAUGGGAGGCUGGACCAGAUAACCUUUUGAGGUCCCUUCCAGCCCUACUUCUCUUGAUAUAUUAAAGCCUUAAGGGACCUACUGACAGUAGAAGCAAUGCAGGGAUCUGUAACUGAAUAGUUCAUGGCUGGAUGGGAAGGAAAAGGGGCUUACAUUUCCCUCAAGUGAAAUGGACUACUGAGGAGUCCCAACUGGGCCCAAAGAUAUGAAAGUGAAAAAUACCAAGGAAAAUACCAUCAUUGUUAGAUCUGAAUCAAUGCAACAUGCAGUCAAUAGUAGGAACUAGUUGGUGAUGCUUGCACGAAUUUGGGGAGUAUGUUAUUCCUGGGCUUACCAGUGGUGGGUUUAUAUAGACCAGUGGUUUUCAACCUGUGGUCUGUGGACCUAUGGGGGCUGCAGACUAUGUCUAAGGGGCUCACAAAAGAUGACUAUGUUCAAUUGAAACUAUGUGAAUAUCCAUGCUUAGAAUUCAAAGGGGUUCACACCUCCAUUUGAAAUUUCCAAAGGGGCCUGCUCCGUUAUUCAAAAUUUUUAGGGAUCUGCAAGUGGAAAAAAGUUUGAAAACCACUGAUAUAGACUGUUUGGUAGAAAGGAGUAUAUAUGGAUUUUUUUCUCUGGAUGAUUAUUUUACAUUUAAUCUCAUGUUUUCAUGUAAAGCAGUAUGUCAAUACACAGUUAUUAUAGAGAAGUAGGGCUGGAAGGGACCCCCAGAGGUUAUGUAGUCCAACUCCCAGAAGAAAACUGAGUAAAUAUUCCUACUGAAGUCCCUGAGUCUUAGUUUCUCCUCCCUGCAUGAGGGAGUGAAGGGCAACAACCUAACAACUCAGAACAAGAGAUCUGGAUGGAACAUGAGGCUACCCAGCUAGAAAAGCAACAUGUACACAGUGUGUAUGAAAGCACAGCCUCCUAUUUUAAUGACUUGCAAAGCAAAGCAUGGCCUCGUGUUCGUCAGUUUCUAUUGGAGCAAAAGCCUGGCAGUCUCAUUGCAGACAUAGGUUGUGGGACUGGAAAGUACCUCGCUGUCAACAGUCAGGUGUAUAAUCUGGGCUGUGAUUACUGUGGGCCAUUAGUGGAAAUUUCAAAGAAGAAAGAUUGUGAAGUAUUGGUAUGUGACAACCUUAAUCUUCCAUUUAGGGAUCAGUGUUUCAAUACAAUCAUCUCCAUUGGAGUGAUUCACCAUUUUUCAACAAAACAGAGGAGAAUCAAAGCAAUAAAGGAAAUGGCCAGGGUGUUGAUGCCUGGAGGCCAGAUGAUGAUUUAUGUUUGGGCUAUGGAACAAAAGAAUCGUCGCUUUGAGAAACAAGAUGUUUUUGUUCCUUGGAAUAGGGCCUUGUGCUCCCGGCCUUUUUCAGAAUCAAAUCAGACUGGGGAUAAGAAUGAACUUAAUGCUAAGAAUCAGGAUAUACACCUACAACAAUUUACAGGCUCUGAGUGUGCUUACGCAGUUAAUCCUAAACUGGAUUUUGAUUCAAAACAUUCCCACAGUACAGACCAUUGCUUACCAGGAACCUGUUGCAUGAAAAUGUCUGAAGAAGAAAACAGAUUCUAUAGGGCACUGGGGAGAUCUUUUCGUUUGUGGUUUUUCUCCAGAUCCCUUGAUGAAUCAGCUUUGCGAAAGCAACCUGAAAAGGUGAAGCAGGAGAAGAACAUAGGCAGAUGGACAAAUAGCGCAAUAUCCAUUCAGCCUUCAAGGCACUGCAGUUUAGAUUUAGGUCAUCCUGGGCCAUUGUUAAAAGAACGAAGUUUAGAUGAUGAUGAAGUGUUUCUGGAAAGUGUGUCUCUUGGGAAAGCACAAUGGAUGGCAGCCUCAAAUGCAACAAGAGAUUUAAGUGGAGAGCAAGACAUUCAGAGCAAGCAUGAAGAAACAUCAUCAUUAAGUGGCCUUAUGGAAGACAAAGAUUGCAGCUGUACUUGUAAAAAGGAUGAAGGUGAUAAGUCUCCAGCUAGCAAACUCUUUAAAAGAACUUCAACAACUGACUCUACUGAUUCAAUUUUGGAUGCAGCAGUGACUGUUGGAGAUCAGACUACUGGCACAUUGGAUACAAAAGCCUUCAUGCGUUAUUAUCAUGUUUUUCGGGAAGGGGAGCUUUGCUGUCUAGUAGAAGAGAAUGUGCAUGAGCUUCAGAUUCUUUCUUCUUGCUAUGAUCAUGGGAACUGGUGCAUAAUUGCAGAGAAGUUAGGAAAAUCACUGCAAACAGAACAACACAAAAACUUCAAGGUUGCAUAAUUUGAGCUGCUGCUUGUAUUCUUGUGAUUAUGCAAGGUAAAAUGGAAUUUCUGUCUUAUAUAGGUGUGUGCCAUCCAUUCCUGAUUUUGCUGUGUAUAUUUAUUUGUAAAUACUGUAAAUAAGAAUGUAUGUGGCAAAUGACACUUAUGUUUUGGUAAAGAUAGGCUUUUACAAAGUUCAAACCUGAGAGUUUUAUAUUGCUUUUAGCAAAUGUCUGAGUUUUUUAAAUGUAUUUUUAUUAAAAAAGAGAUAAUUUUUAUAAGAUAAGGAUCAGGGCAUCUCUUAUGAUAAAUAUUCCCCUUGACAACAGUGAGGCUUGGUCCUGAAAACACUUAAGGGUGUGUGUUACUUUACUCACUAUCCCCCUGAUUCUACAGUCCCAUGCUUCUAAGAUGCCUAUUUGGGGACUUAAGCACAUGUUUAAAGUUAAGCAUGUGCUUAAUUACAUUACAUUACUGUAGUUCAGAAUGAUCCCAUGAUACUUUAUUAUUGUUGGUAAAGUUCAUUCAUGGGCAUAAGCAUUUAGAAGAUCAAGCCCUGAGUAAUUUAUUAUUCGUUUUUCACAGUCUGGAGAAAAUGAGUCAGCUGCAUGUGAUCAAGAUUUUGUUUUUUUUAAAUAAACUAGUUUAUGCUUUAGGUUGGUAUUCAGUCUUAUGUAUUCUCCAUCAGAAAGAAACUAACUUAUUUUCUAUGGUUUUAGAAGUUAUUUUAGGUCAUCUAUAAAUAAAGUUUACCAAGACUAGUAUUAAUAACCCAUUAACUAAUUUAACAAGUAGGGAAAAUCAAAUCUAUGUGAUAUGCAUAUACGCGGAGGCUACAUGAAAUUAAUAUGAUUCCAAUGUCAUAGCUUAGUUUAAAAAGCUUUCUUGGCUAUUAUAUUGCAUCAACUCAGUUAGGUGACACGGUAUGCUUUCUUUUGUCUUAAACAUGUCCAGAGAAAUGCAGAGGCAGAAGACUUGAGUUCAAGAAAUACAAUUCUGUAUUUUCUCACAUACUGCAUGAAUCUUUUCCCCCCAAAUCAGCCCCUGAAAAUUGGGCUGUGUGUUUUAAGUGAGGAGGCUGGUUUCUUCACUGGAAAAGCAGUGUGCCUUGAGACAUUAUGCAGACCAUGCAGCUGUCAAGAUGGCUAGUGCUUGUGGCUGCUCAGCAAACUGAAGGGGCAGCCUCUUGUGUUAACCCUCUCACAGCCAUAGCUUUUGACUGAGCACUGUAGCUUGUGCUUGAAGUAGCAAGUGAGGUGCUGGUAGUAUUUUGAUGAGUCUUGUUAUAUGGAAACAACACUUUAUUUACAGGAGCUGAUAUAAAAAAAAAGACUUAUAGUAAAGAGCUUGCUACUGCCCUUUGAAAAGGUUUGGGAUCUAACUUGUGUGACACGGAGUAAGUCCUCUUAGGAACGUAGAGUGUCCUGGAUGUGUGGCAUUACAGAAGACAGUCUGCCACCUGAAAAAGUUCCCACACCUCCUGGACCUUUUUAUGUUUCCUAUUAUGACUAUUUCACACAGUUAAUCAUCAAGCUGUAAAAAAUAUUUUUUCUAUAUUUUGCCUUCCAAAGACAAGGUGCACGUUUUAUUUGGGGAGGGGUACAUGUUGUAUGCGAUAAAAUACAGUAUUGGGAAUUGGAUUAAAAAAUCCUUAAAAUCCAUAUCUUCCACAUUUGAAAAGGAACAGCCCCUGAUGUCUCUUGGUGAUGGAAACCAAAGAAAGCCUACAAGCAUAAUUUUGAUAACUUCCUUCUCUUAGAAAAAUGCAGCUUAUUCGCAAGGGUAAGUUUGCUGAGUGCACUGUUCAAUCAUACACCCAUUGUAUUGUAUUACACCACCUUGACUCAUGCUGAGCAGCAUUUGGCUCCUCAAGUAACCUGAUUGAUUGCAACCGGCAAUAGAUUAUAACAUAAAGUUGUAUGUCACAUGAGGAAGAACAUAAAAAUCUGGUUCAUUGGUUCAAUAGCAAAACUGGAUUUGCUAUCAAGAGAGCAGGGUUAGGCCAUCAGGACCUCUCUGUCUACAUUUAGUCACUGCAUUUCUAGGGCUAAAUAUUGUACGCAGGCAGUGGAAUUACACUAGUGAAAACCGCUCCAUUGAUUCUACUUACGUCAGUGAAGCUUAAUCAGUUCACACUAGUUGAGGUUCGAGCCCUCUGUAUUUGCAGCUUUUGAAGUGAGUAAAUAAUUUGACCCUCAUAAUUAAAUUGUCCGGGUCAUUACUGGAGAUGCUUAGUAUAUAGGAGUCUUAACAGCAGCACUGAAGUAGCAAGCCUGCUGUAAGUGCUUUCAAAACUUUACCCAAUUCACCAUAUGUAAGUUGACAGUUCUUGGGUUGUUUAGUUGUACACUUGGAUGGAAAAGAAUACUUCCCUAUGUAGCUACCUACUAGUAAUUUACAUUUAAUAAUAUAUAUUCCUAUGCUAAUGUUGUCUUAAUAGACCAACCUUCAUUGUUUUUCCUCAUUGACCAGAUUGUUUAUUUGUACCACUGUAUUCUACCCCCACCUCCUCCCCCAGUUUGUUCUAAAAAUACAGAAGGGAAUAACUAUGUCAUUCCUUUCCCUGCCAAAAAAUGAAGUCUACCCUUACGGUGUAAACACCGAACCAAAGCAAAGAUUAUUUAUCUCUUGGGAUUCUUUCUAGCCUAACGGGGCACAAGUCCCGGGGCCUGCACCAGCUGAGCCACAGGCUGCAUGGACGUUCCCUCCCCACCCCUCUCCUCACUGUAUUAUGUUCAUCGUAGAUAAAUGCAGGGUGCUGCACCUUGGGAGAAGGAAUCCACAGUAUACAUACAGGCUGGGGAGCUCCCCUCUUGAAAGCACAGAGGCGGAAAGGGAUCUUGGAGUCAUUAUUGACUCCAAGAUGAACAUGAGCUGCCAAUGCCAGACCGCAGCCAGCAAGGCCAGCCAUACCUUGUCACGCAUCCAAAGGUGCAUCUCAAGCCGGUCCAGAGAGGUGAUAGUCCCCCUCUAUGUGACUUUGGUCAGGCCGCAGUUGGAGUACUGUGUCCAGUACUGGGCACUGCACUUCAAAAGGGAUGUGGCCAGCCUGGAGAGGGUUCAGAGGAGGGCCACCCGCUUGGUGAGAGGGCAGCAGGACAGGCCCUGUGAGGAGAGACUGAGGGACCUAAACCCGUUCAGCCUCAGCAAGCGGAGGCUGAGGGGGGACCUGGUGGCUGCCUACAAGCUCAUCAGGGGAGAUCAACAGCAAAUAGGCAGAGCCCUUUUCUCCCCAGCACCACCUGGGGUGACAAGGAACAAUGGUAAUAAGCUGAUGGAGAAUAGGUUUAGGUUAGAGAUCAGAAGGCAAUAUUUUACAGUUGGGGUGGCCAAAAUCUGGAACCAACUUCCCAGGGAAGUGGUCCUCACCCCUACCUUGGGCAAAUUCAAGAGGAGGUUGGACGAUCACCUGUCUGGGGUCUUGUGAACCCAGCAUUCAUUCCUGCCUGUGGCAGGGGGUCAGGCUACAUGACCUGUUCAGGUCCCUCCUGACCCUAGCUACUAUGAAACUAUGUGUUCACAAGGACACCCCAUACUCUACCGCUGCACUGGGUGUCCCACCACCCAUUGUACUGCAUAGGCAUGUGAAUGCAGCUCUUCUCUCCCUGCCCCUCGCGCUGCAGUGCGUGGAUGUGUGAGCACAAAUUCCCUCUGUUGCAAUCCAUGCCUUUGUGGUACCCCCCCACCAUUGCACCAAUUGUGCAACCCUAUUUCUGCCCCCUUCCCCACCCCCUACUCCAUGCAUGGCUGCAGAGUUGCCCUCAGCUCCCCUUGCUGUUCCCUGCACUGCCCUACCUCCUGGGUUAGAGGCAGGAAAUGGAAGCCAGUGGAGGGUGGUGGAGCCCACAGACUUUGGUUGCUGUUGUAGGCAGGCAGGAGCCUGGGGGCUGCAAUUUAAUCCUCUGGGCCACCAGUUGGACAGCCCUGGCCUAAGGUUAGGAAGUCUGAUUACAUUUUUUAACUGGGUUGCCUCCAGAUGGAUAUUUUCUUGGGACUCUGAGUGCUCAAAAUCCAUGGAAACCAAGUCCCUUUUUUGUAGGGGUUUAAUUAUUUAUUUAGCUAUUUUUAGGCACCCAACUUUAAUAAUACACCCUUUAUCUGGCUACCACAAAUUCCUUAGAAACUGGCAUUAUAAAAAAACGUAAGUUGACAGCCAGUUUUAAUUCAUACAAAGCAAGAGCAUUGCAUUUUUGUUAUCGACAUUUUUGCAGAGUCCGUCCUGCAGUAAGCAAAUGUCAGAUUUCAGCAUGCUAACUAAUUUUCACAAAAUUAAGUAGUUUUUUCAGCUCUUCCUUUUCCUUGGGUGGCAUCUUCUUGUGAACAUCUAAAUUCACUUUCUAAGCUCCAGUUCUUCUGUUAGUUGGCUGAAUAAGACCUGUCAUGUCAGGUAUUUUUAAAGGUAUUUGCUUAUGGUCUUACUGUGAUUCUUGGUUUGAGCAAGUUUAGCCACGUCAUAGAUAUUCCCAAUUAUUAUUUCUUAUUUGAUUUCCUCUUCUGGUUUUAAACUGUCACUGCUACAUUGGGCUACAUCUGAGGGGGAUUGAUGACACUAUUUAUCCUAUGAUCAAUUAUUUUUUGGUAUACUCCUCCCAUUUUUUUUUCCUUUGGGGCUACAAAGCCUUCAUUUGACAAAACUCCUAACAGCAAGGGAGCAGCCAGAUCAUAAAACGGCAUCCUGCUCAGCAGGUAUUUGAAUCAGACCUUUUCUUCCUUUAUGUAAAGACUGGGUAAGGCUGUAAGUACUCAUCUCUUCUCUUAAUGCUUUUAAUGUCUCUUUUGAUUACCCUCCUUUAUCUUGAUCAGCAUGACAUUACCCAGGAACCUCUUGUGAUACUAGGGCAAAUUAUAGUCCACCUAUUAAGUGCUUCAAUGGAUUGAGGUGCUUAAGUAUGAUUCUAUUCCAUCUUGCUUAAGUUGCUGAAAAACAAUUAAUGCAAAGAUGGCUGGGUGCUCCUCUUCAUUACUGCUUUUUUGUGACUCAGUCUUAAGGGUAGGAUGACCGUGUGCUACAGAAGUAGAUUCUUCAGUGUAUCUGAACAGGGUGGAAUAGAAUAGAAUCACACUUAAGUAUCUGAGUUCACUUAGAUGCUUAAUGGGUGAAUAGAAUCUGGUCCCUAGUUUCAUAUUUUAGCACAUUUAGAAAAGUGAAAAUGCUAUUGAGAAGUCCAUAAUUAACAUUACAUACAUAAACUUCCUGCACAUCUUACAAAACAAGACUUUCAGUAGGCACAUUUAUAUGAAACAUUUACUGCGGAGUUGACUAAUUAGCUCCACAGUAAACAUCUCAGCAUCUACAUGUGUAGUGCUAUUAGGAUGGAGUAAACUAAUUAACUCUGCUACAGGUUAGUACUUGUAAAUACAAGUAUCAUGCUGUGGCAGAGUUUUUUACUCCACAGCAAUGCACAUGUAGAUGCUGAUGAGCCUGGCUGGGGCACAAGGGUGCUUCAGUGAAGGGGCUGACUGCUGGCUAGCUCCUCACUGAAGCCUCCAUGCCCCAGCCAGCCCCUCCACAACAAGUUGAGCUGGGUCAGAGCAGUCCCAGGCUGGCAGGCUGAGCCUCAAGGCCACCUGCCAGCCAGGACUGUUCCACCCCAGCUCAAUGUGCUGUGGUUGCAGGCACACAUUCAAACGUGGCACCCAGAAGCAAUAAACUCAGAUGUGAUAUGUACUGGACUUUAUUGCUGUUCAUUAAUUGCAUGUGUAGAUGAGCUCAGUAAUGACAAAACAGCAGUUUUUGGCCCUUGAGAUUAUGUCUAAGUUACUUCCCAAGUGAAUGUGGGAACAGCACUGAGAAAUAAGCCCUGCCCACUGCAUGUGGGCAGGCUUACAAAUUAGACAGUGAAGAAAUCUUGGGAUCAGGCUUAAGUUGCUUAGUGAGGGCCCACCCAGGGGCCAGACUCAGACUGUUCUGAGAGAGAUGCUCAGGGCUGGUCUGAGGUGUCUAUUUUACUUUAUUUACAGGUCUGAGCACAUGCAUAAAGGAUUUAUUUCUUGGUAUUUCUUCCUCACUAUAUUUUGAAGCCAUUUUUAAGUUGUAUUUGGAGACAUCUUGGUCACACAAUGAAAGAUGCCCCGUUUCCUUCCUUUAUAACUUGCUAUUGAGUAUUACCAGUCUGAAUUGACUGAACACAUGCUGCUAUUUUGUUAAAUCUUAAAAUAUGUAAUCUAAAUGAACACCGGCAAUAAGAAAGAACAUAUCAGAUUACAAUUGAACAAACAUUUUUUGAUGGAACUGUAAAAUUGCAAUCUUUGAUAAAUGUCAUUCUGCCUUUUUUGAAGUAAGUGUGAAUAUUUAUAUAGUGAACACAAUUGUUUUUCUACAAAAUAUAAUUAAUUUUUACCUUCUUCCAAGCUGAAGAAGGAAAUAGUUUUAAAAGCACAAAUGGGUGAUAAAGGCUGUAUACUCACAUGAUGGUGUUUUUUUGUGAUACAUGUUUAUAUUUCUCUUAGGUAUAUGUACACUUUAAAAUCACGUUUGGUUAAGAUGUAUGCAUGUUAGAGCUGCAUAGCACUGUUAAAGAGCAAUCUGACUGUGGCCUGAUUAAAAACCAUGGCUCUUAUCCUGUAAUUGCAUCUGACCACAUUUAUUGUCCUGUCUGCAAUGAACUGACUUUAAUGUUGCACCACAGGAGGGAACUGUGUUUGUAGGAGUUGGACUCAUAUGCAGUGCAACUUGGAUGCUUCACUAUUACUAAUUUAAAAAUAUACAGCUUAAUAUCUGUGGUGAAUCUCAUACUUGUAAAUCUUAUGCAUUUAUUCUGGCAGUUACCUAUGACUGUAAUUUCAAAUCUUCUGGCCAAGUUUGUGUUUAAAUACCACACUGUAAUCACUUCAGAUAUGAACCAUCAUUUGGCUGAAAUUAAUUAUUGCUUUGUUAAAAUAUUAUUUCUUGUAGAUGUUACAUAUUUUAAGAUACAUUAAUAAAGAUGACAUAUCCACUA